UACGCCACUAAUUGAACAUAGUGUCAAUAGUUUGUAGGUUAUGUAUCUAACAUUUAGUCUAACAGUUCCCGCCAUUUCAAUUGUUAUUUGUUUACCUCGGACGAAUCGUGGUACGGUAUCCAUUUACACGAGUCGCGCAACAGGCGUUCGAUUACGCGGGCACGACGUCGAAUUCGUUUUCUGUUUUGCCGUCUAUUAAUUCUUUAUCGCUUUUUUAUGGAUACCUUUAAGGCUAUAAAUUAGUAAUUACAAAUUUUGCUUUUCAUUCUGAAGUAUUUUGUCCAUAUCUUGUUUGUUGUUUUGUGACGAGCAUUCGGUGUAUACUGCUGGAGUAAAAUGUCCGACAGAGAUUUCAGCAGUCCGGAACCAUUCAACGAUGCGGAUCUUGGAGGUGCCGAUGACACAUCGCCUGUACGUAAUUUUGAGGACGAAGUGUUGAGUGAAGGUGACGUUUUGAGUUUAAGUCAGUUUGAUGACCCAGAGGAAGAAGAUGGAGAAGAACUGUUUGGCGAUAACUUAGAACGGGAUUAUCGCCCGAUACCGGCUCUCGAUCGCUAUGAUGGUGGUGAAUUGGACGAAGAUGAUUAUGAUGCAAUGAGUCCGGGUGCCAGAGCUGCGGCUGAAAGAGAGUUACAAAGACGUGACCGAGAAGAAGGAACUGGUCGAAGAGAUGCUGAUGAUAUACUUUAUGAUGAACAUGAUGAUGAUGAGGCAUCAAGAAAAAAAAGACGUAUGGCUGAAAGAGCUGCUACUGGUUUUAUUGUUGAUGAUGAAGAAGAUGAAGAAAUGAUUGAAUCGAUUGAAAAUUUACAAGACACUAAAGGACAUACAGUUGCUGAGUGGGUAGCCAUGUUAGGUCCAAAGACAGAAAUUGCAAACCGUUUCAAAAAUUUUUUGCGUAAUGAUGUCACUUCCAAUGGUGCUUAUCUUUACAAGGAUAAAAUCAGAAGAAUGUGUGAGAGUAAUUUAUGCAGUUUGGAAGUAGAAUUUACCAAUUUGGCCAAUAAACAACAUACGCUGGCACUGUUUUUGCCUGAAGCACCUUCAGAAAUGAUAAGUAUAUUCAAUGAAGUAGCCAAAGACUUAGUUUUAUCCAUGUAUCCUCAAUAUGGCAGAGUUACCAGUGAAAUAUUUGUAAGGAUUACAGAUUUACCACUUAUUGAAGAAAUUCGUACUUUCAAAAAAAUUCAUUUGAAUCAAUUGGUUAGAACUCGUGGUGUUGUAACGUCAACUACAGGUGUAUUUCCUCAACUUAGUAUUAUUAAAUACGAUUGUUCUAAAUGUGGUCAUGUUCUUGGGCCUUUUACACAGUCUCAAAGUCAAGAAAUUAAGCCUGGUUCAUGUCCUGAGUGUCAAAGUACUGGGCCAUUUAUGGUUAACAUGGAACAAACUUUAUAUCGUAAUUAUCAAAAGAUUACUAUACAAGAGUCUCCUGGCAGUAUACCACCAGGCCGUAUACCACGUAGUAAAGAUUGUAUUCUUUUAGCCGAUCUAUGUGAUCAAUGCAAACCUGGUGAUGAAAUAGAUGUAACUGGAACAUAUUCAAACAGUUAUGAAGGAUCUUUAAACACGGGAAAUGGAUUUCCAGUAUUCGCUACUGUUAUUAUGGCAAAUUAUUUAAUUAUAAAAGACAAUAAACAUAUAGUUGAGUCUCUUACUGAUGAAGAUGUUUCACAAAUAUUGAAAUUGUCUAAAGAACAUAAAAUUGGUGAACGUAUUGCUGCAUCUAUUGCUCCGUCAAUUUAUGGACACGAUUAUAUCAAAAAAAGUUUGGCAUUAGCAUUAUUUGGCGGAGAACCAAAAAAUCCAGGUGACAAACAUAAACUUCGUGGAGAUAUAAAUAUACUGUUGUGUGGUGAUCCUGGAACAGCAAAAUCCCAAUUUUUAAAAUACAUAGAAAAAAUAGCUCCACGUGCUGUUUUUACUACCGGACAAGGUGCUUCUGCUGUCGGUCUUACAGCUUAUGUUAAACGUGAUCAUCAGUCUAGGGAAUGGACAUUAGAAGCAGGUGCUUUAGUUUUAGCUGAUCAAGGUGUCUGUAUUAUUGAUGAAUUUGAUAAGAUGAAUGAUCAAGAUAGAACUUCAAUUCAUGAGGCUAUGGAACAACAAAGUAUUUCUAUAUCUAAAGCUGGUAUUGUGACCUCAUUACAAGCAAGAUGUUCUGUUAUGGCAGCAGCUAAUCCAAUUGGUGGACGUUAUGAUCCGGCAAUGACUUUUUCUGAAAAUGUUAAUUUAUCAGAACCUAUUAUGUCAAGGUUUGACAUUUUAUGUGUUGUACGAGAUGAAGUUGAUCAGGUUAAAGAUAAUCGGCUUGCUACAUUUGUGGUACAGUCUCACAUGCGUAACCAUCCUUUAAGCAAAGAUAAAGAAUUGGAAUUAAGAAAUCCAUUUUCUACUACUGAUAUGGAACCAAUACCUCAAGAUUUAUUAAAAAAGUAUAUUGUCUAUUCUAAGCAAAACAUUCAUCCUAAACUUCAUCGUAUGGACCAAGACAAAGUAGCUAAAAUGUAUAGUCAACUGAGACAAGAGUCUAUGAUGACUGGAAGUUUGCCCAUUACAGUCCGUCAUAUUGAAAGUAUGAUUCGUAUGGCAGAAGCAAAUGCUAAAAUGCAUUUAAGAGACUAUGUUCAAGAAGAUGAUGUCAACAUGGCUAUACGUAUAAUGUUAGAAUCAUUUAUUGAAACACAAAAAUACAGCGUCAUGAAAACAAUGAGAAAAACAUUCCAAAAAUAUUUAUCAUUCAAAAAAGACACCACCGAGCUUUUGUACUUUAUAUUGCAUCAAAUGGCAACCGAUCAGUUGGCUUACAUUAGGGGUAUACACGGUGUCACAGUUAAUACAAUUGAAAUACAUGAAAAAGAUUUCAAAGACAAAGUAAAACAGAUAGAUAUACAUGACUUAAGACCAUUCUUUGAAAGUAAAUUGUUCAAAAAUAACAAUUUUGUGUAUAAUGAAAAGAGACACAUGAUUAUACAAACCUUACUUCUCGGCGAAUAAAUCUAUAUGGUUAGUGUCUAUUCAGUGUUUUCAGUAAAUCAUUGUUAAACUAAUUUAGUUUUACAACUUUCGAUGUGAAUUAUUAUUUAUAUUUUAAUAUUUUCCAUUUUAUAUUUUUAUGUAUGUAUCUGGUAAUAGUGUACCAAUUUAAAUUUAUUUUAUGUAUAUUUUUUUUUA